AUUAAGUUAUAAUGAGCAAAAAUAUAGGAGAUAAGAAAGAUACUGAAAAGAGAGAUCGUCUUAGAACAAGAGAUCAAUCAGAUGCUUAUAGUUCAAACUCCUCAAGAGAACCUCCAUCGCAUCAAGUUCCUUACAACCAGAAUCCUCUUUACCAAACUUCUAAUCAGAACUAUCCUCCAAUCCCACCUCCUUUUCAGCAGCCUGCUUCCAGUUCCAUCCAAUCCCCAAUGCCAACUUAUCAUGUCUCAAACCCUUCAUCGGUCUUAAAUGUCGAUUAUAACAUGAAUGCUCUACCAUGCCCUCCAUUAAACCAUCUAAAUGCUAACCAGGCACGGUCAUCUAUAUCUGAUGCUAACAAGAUGAAUUUAUAUGAAAUCGAAUAUGGAAUCCCUCAGGAGACAAUUUAAAAAAUUACUGAUCGCUCAUAGUUCACAACUGGGCGAAGCCGAGGUCACUGAGUUCAUAAACUCUAGCUUCUUCGAAAACUUGGAGAGAAAUUUCGAGCCAAACUCAACCCCUUAUUUGGAGCUACAUUGCUUAAACGACUCAGAUGUAACUCAAAAUAAAAACCAGGCAAGUUCAGCCCAAAAUUUAGAGAUUAACGAAGAUCACUCUGUUCUACCUGCUCCCUCUGCUUCACUUGCCGAUCCUUCACCUCAUAACUUCAGAUUUCAGCCUUUCAAAAGAUUGAAACAAGCUAGUUCGGAAGAUCAAAGACAAGAGUUAGGAGAAGCCCCAUCAAUUAAUGAAGAAAAGAAAGAAGGCAAAUCCAAGAAGAGAAGUUUCAACAAGAAAUGCAAGAAUCCUAUCAAAAGUGACCAGCAGAAGGUUCAACCCAAAACUUAUAAAAAGAACCCAGACAAGAGUAGAGCACUUCACAAGAAAGAUGAUAUGACAAGCAAACUUAGUGAAAACUCUGAAGACAUUGAAGAAGAACUUAAGCAGACAAUUAAUGACAGAUGGGACAAUUACACCUUAAAGAGAGACCCAGAGAAUGAAGCCGCUUAUAAGGAUAAAAUUGCAUCGAGUUUAGCGAAUAAUAUUACUUGCAGCAUUUGUAAAAUCCAAACUCAGUUUGAUGAUGUAGAUACCAUCAUGAAUUAUAAUUGUCAUGGACCGGAAUGCCAUUAUUUCCACAAGGAAUGUUUCAAGCAAAAAGCCACUAAUAUUCUUCAAAAGGCUAAGCGUCCCCUCAAAUGCUUCGCUCCAGACUGUGAAAGUGACCUAGAUCAAACAACUGUCAGAAAUAUAAUAGAAAAAGAAUAUGUCCCUUUAUUUUCAAUUGCUUGCUUAAGUCUUGACUUUUCUCUAUUCUAUUGCCUUACUUGAGACAUAAUCUGAAGAGACGAAACAGAGAAAAAGAGCAAGGAAGAGAGCAAAGAAAUAGGCUCAAAUUUAGCCAUCAACUGUUCAAAAUGUCCUGAAAGAGCGUAUAACUUAGUUGAGUUUUGGAUGUUCAAGUGCCACUACACUUAUUAUCAAAAUCUGAAAGACAGAAGAGAGAAAGAUCUAGAACUGAUUAGCUCACCUACUUUGGUUGAAAUAUUGCAUGAUAGCAAGUCUGUAAGAGGCUUACAAGACCUAGCCAAUAAUGUUAUGGCUGGGGUUGCAAGACUACUCAUGAAAUGUAUUACUUGCAACAAGUGGAUCAAUGAAGAGUACGGCUCUCAAUGCUCAUGUAAGGAUCAAAUAGAUGAAGGUAUUUUCUUCACUGAUAUCAACAAAAGGAAAUCCUAUGAAAGCAAGAGAACAGGAAUGUACAACAAUAAAGAUGCUAAAAGAGCUUUAACAGCGAUUUCAAACUUGAUCACAGCUCAUAAUAAAUAUUUCAGAUCCAAAGCCAAGAACAAGUAGUUCUAAAAAUGGCUGUUUUACAUUUAGUUAUACAACUCAGAGACUCAAUUCUUUUAUUA